GGGUGCGGCCGGCGGGAGUCGGGGCGGCGGCGGCGGCGGCGGCAGCAGCAGCAGCAGCAGCAAGUGGUUGGGCCGUGCGCAUUUCCUUCCCUCCCCCUGGGCCUCGGAGCCCGCCCGCUCGCCCAGUGCGCGGCGCCCGCGGCUCCGCUCCGCGUCCUCUUCCCGCCGCCACCGGCCGCUCCUUCCCCGCCCGUCCAUGUCCCUGCCCGUGGUGCUCCCGGGCUCCUGCUGCCCUGUGGCUGGGCUCUCGGGCGGGCCGCAGGCCGGGGGCCCGGGCGCCGCGGCCGCCGCCGCCCAGGAGCCGCCGCUGCCCCCGCUACGGCCGCGCUGGUCCCGGGCCGCGCUGCAGCCCCCGGCGCGGCCUCGCUGCGCGGCCACCGCCGCCGCCGCCGGGGUGCUGGCCCCGCCGCCCGCGCUCUCCUACCGCCGGGCCGCCGCCGCCGCCGCCGCGGCCCCGGGCUCGGCGCUGCUGCCCGCUCGCCCGCUGUUGUCGCUCGGUCUGCUGCAGCUGAUCCUGGGCUGCUGCAUGGUGGCACUCAGCUUCGGGGCGCUGUCGCUGAGCAGCUCCCCGCAGGUGAAGAACUCGUGCCCGUUCUGGGCCGGCUCCUCGGUGAUACUCUCUGGAAUCAUAGGAUUAACAACUUGGAAACGGCCUAUGAUACUCCUGGUGAACCUCUUUGUGCUGCUGUCUGUGGUGUGUGUCCUCCUGAAUUUAGCCGGAUUUAUCCUAGGCUGCCAAGGGGCCCAGUUCGUGUCCAGUGUGCCCAGGUGUGAUCUGGUGGACUUAGGUGAAGGCAAGAUUUGCUUCUGUUGUGAAGAAUUUCAACCAGCCAAAUGCACAGACAAAGAAAAUGCCUUGAAACUCUUCCCAGUUCAGCCUUGUAGUGCUGUUCACCUUCUACUCAAGAAAGUCCUUUUCGCCCUAUGUGCCUUGAAUGCCCUGACCACCACCGUCUGCUUGGUGGCAGCUGCCCUUCGCUACCUUCAGAUCUUUGCAGCCAGAAGAUCCUGCAUCGAUGAAUCCCAGAUUUCUGUGGAAGAAGUGGAGGAACACAGACGCAUCCCAGACCCUGAAGACUUUGUGCCGCCAGUGCCUCCCCCUUCCUAUUUCGCCACGUUUUACUCAUGCACACCCCGGACGAACCGCAGGAUGGUUGGUCCUGAUGUUAUACCACUGCCGCAUAUCUACGGAGCGCGAAUCAAAGGCGUGGAAGUGUUCUGUCCCCUGGAACCCCCGCCUCCCUAUGAAGCUGUGGUGAGCCAGACGGACCAGCAGCAGGGAUCUUCAUUCCAAAUGCCAGAAGGAUCAGAAGCUGCCACCAGCCCUUUGGAACCGAUCUGCAUGCCAGUGACUCAAGGUGGGGACAUUCCUAACACACCUGGAGAAGAAAGCGCAUCCAUGUCCACUCCCAGCUCCAGCCAGCUACGUCCGGCGAGGAGCUGGAGAGCCCUCCAGCCCCUGAGGACAAGAUCCAAGAGUGACCCUGUGCUUCAUCAUUCUGCAGAGAGAGCCAUCCCUGUGCUCAGCUGUGAAGCCGCGACUCAGACUGAGGGAAGACCAGACCUGGCUGCGGUGACCUUGAGAAGAGGGUUGAGAUCUCGAGCUUUGAGAUGCAGACCGAGGUCUUUAAUAGAUUACAGAUCUUACAUGGACACCAAGCUGCUGGUGGCGAGGUUCCUGGAGCAGUCCUCCUGCAGCAUGACCCCGGACAUCCAUGAACUUGUAGAAAACAUUAAAUCUGUUUUGAAGUCCGAUGAGGAGCACAUGGAGGAAGCCAUCACAAGUGCCAGUUUUCUAGAACAGAUCAUGGCCCCGAUGCAGCCCAGCACUUCCAGGGCCCUCGUGCUGCCCUCGAGGAGACAGCCUGGUCUGCUGCACCUGCGGAGCUGCGGAGAUCUGAGCACCUUUGUCCCCGCGGGGAGGCCGAGAGCCGAGAGGAGGCCCCGGCGAGCGGAGGCUGAGAGGCCACACAGCCUCAUUGGCGUCAUCCGAGAGACUGUCCUGUGAAGCUGCGGGGCCCGGGCUCCUGAGGAGCAGGAAGAAAGAUGGGCCCUGGAAGGCACUCAGGGCCUCUGAGGGGAUGGAUCCCCUUCCUAACCCUGUAGUUUCCUGGCUGGGAGUAGGGGUCCCCCUCUGGGUACUCCUCAGAAAGGGGGGCACUCUGGAGAACAUUUAUUCCCGCUCUUUGGCUCCCCUUUCUGCCGGCCAAGGGCACUCGAGGGGGAAUGACAAGUUAUUCCGGACCCAUUUGGCUUUUGGAUGCCCGAGUUGGAGGCCGUGAAUGAAGCCGCAUCUCCUUCUCUGCCCGGGUCUGCCCUGCUGUGGGCGGAAACGGCUCAGGAUUCUGUGCCCGCCGCACCCUUCGCGGCUCCCUUCCUCACUGAGUUCUUUCCCUGGCUGGAAGGGCAGAUCUGCUGGGUGGCUAUUUAUUUGCUGCCAAGUGAGAGUGGAACUGGCACGGAAGCAGGAUGAUUAACCCUGAUAUACUGCGAUGGUCAAGCCUCAUGUUAGGUCACUUUCAAAUCACACUCUCUUUAGGAAAAACAGGAAACUUGUUUGGUGACAAAUUUUAUUGAAAGACAUUUAGGGAGAGAAUUCUUGUUGAUGCCAUUUAUUCAUGCUUGCAAAACUAGAGACAGCGAAGGCAGAACUGAGAAUAAAAGUGUUUACCUUGGACUUC